CCACAAUGAAAUGUUUGAAAGAGGAGCCAAGAAAUCGACCAUGCAUGAUAGAAGUAGGAUCUGACCUUCGGGGACUUAUUGACGCAACAAAUGGUGCCAUGCAGAGUACGCAACAAGGUGUUGAUGACUCUUCUAGAGUUGAUUCGAUAAGUCAGUUUGACCUUCAAGGACUUAUUGACGCGACAAAUGGUGCCACGCAGAGUACGCAACAAGCUGGUGAUGACUCUUCUAGAGAUAAUUCGAUAAGUCAGUUCGAGAUACGAGAGAACGCUACAACAUCUAGUAUGUAUAUCACUACCAUUGAAUUUUUUGGAAGAAGUGUUGAAUUUUGAUCAAGCUUGAACAUAGGAACGCAUGCAACGUUGUUCGAUGCCAUGCACACGUGGC